AUGCAUGAACUUUUUUCUUUAAAAACCUGUUUUUAUUACAGAAAACAAUUAACCGUAAAGGUAACGACAGGUGUUUACGUAGGAGCGGGAACAGAUGCUUACGUUUACUUAUCGAUAGAAAACGAAGAUGGAAGAAGAAGCGAAGAAUUUUCAUUAGACAAAUGGUGGAGAGAUGAUUUUGAAAGAAAAAGAACGGAUACAUUUCGAGUAUCAGUAGAUGAUAGCUUUGAAAGCAUCAAUACCAUACAGAUACGUAAGGAUUCUCGCAAAUCCAACGAUACAUGGUACCUGGAAAAAAUUGUUAUAGAAGACGAGGGAAAAGAAAUAAUCUUUCCAGUCCAUAGAUGGAUCGAAAAUGAUACAAAAUAUAUGUUAAAGAAGUACGAUUGCUUUCUACCUCAAUCUGAUCCCCACAAAGAACAGAGAUUGAAGGAACUUCAGAAGAAAAGGGAAAUCUAUCAAUAUGAAGUUUAUAUUGAGGGUGGUCCCGUACAGAUCAAAACAAUUCCGGACAAUGAAAAAUUUACUUACGAAGACAAAUUCGAAAUCACGGCACAAUCUAUUAAAUCGAAAAUGGGAACUGUUGUAAUUGAUGCAACUACUGGAAAAUGGGAUUCAUUAGAAGAUUAUAAAAAUAUAUUUAAGCAUCCUCUUAAUAUCUUAGAUACACCGCACUCUCUAGAAAAAUGGAUGGAAGAUUAUUGGUUUGGAUUACAACGAGUCCAAGGUGUAAAUCCUAAUUUGCUGAAACUCUGUGAUAAAAUACCAGAAAAUUUUGGUAUCGAAUCAUCUAUGGUUGAAGCAUUUCUUAAUGGAUCGAGCCUAGAAGAAUCGAUGGAAAAGAAACGGAUAUUCAUCAUUGAUUUAAAAAUAUUAGAAGAUAUUUACACUGCUGAAAAUCAUGUUGUGUGUAAGCCCAUAGCGUUAUUUUAUCUAGACGAUAACGACAAUAUUCUGCCCAUUGCUAUUCAAUUAUUUCAAGAAAAAGGACCCGAUAAUCCGGUGUUUACUCCAGCAGAUCCUCCAUAUACUUGGCUUUUGGUCAAAAUGUAUUUUAAUCAUGCUGAGGUCAUGUACCACGAAUCAUGUACCCAUUUAGGUUUUACGCAUUUCUUAGCGGAAGGAAUAGCAAUAUGCACUCAUCGUAAUCUUUCGCCUUCUCACCCGAUUUUUAAAUUAUUGGCUCCUCAUUUCUUUAACGUAAUAGCCAUUAAUAAAUUAGCUAUAGAAACAAUAAUAUCUCCCGGAGGAUGGAUUGAUAGGACAAUGUCAGUCAAACGUGAAGGAGUAAUACAAUUAGUUGAAAAGAGUUUAAAAGAUUGGAAGAUGGAUACAAAUGGAAAUAUUCCUAAAGAAUUUUCUAACAGGGGUGUACUCGAAUCAAAUAUACUUCCAAAUUAUCCAUUCAGAGAUGAUACAGUAGCUCUAUAUAAUGCAAUUAGAAUAUAUGUCAAUGAUGUCAUAAUCCAUUAUUACGAAGAUCCCGAAGAUAUUACCGAAGAUUGGGAAUUACAACAAUGGAGAGAAGAAUUAGUAAAAGAUAAAUCAAAUGGUGGAGUUGGAUUGCAGGGUAUACCAGGAAAUUAUAAUGGAUUUUCUAAAAUCGAUGAAAUCGUUGAAUUACUCACAUCAAUUAUUAGUAUCUGUAGCAUUAGUCAUGCUGGAGCUAAUUUCUUACAAUAUGAUGAAUACGGUUUUGUCCCAAAUUACCCCAUGAGUUUGUAUGGCGAUCCGCCACGUGAUAAAACACCAUUAACAGAAGAAGAUAUAAUUGAACAUCUACCUGAUCGUUCUGUUACUUUGGAUAUAAUGACAAUAACUUCUGUAUUAAGUUUUCGUGGAACUAAUUCUCUUGGAAACUUCGAUAUUCAAUAUUUAUAUGAUCCUGCAGAUGUUGAAGCUAUUCAGAAAUUUAAAAAAAAUUUAGCUGAAAUUGGGAAUAAGAUUGAAGAGAGAAACGUUAACCUGAAACAUCCUUACACUGUUUUACACCCGAAAAAUGUUCCCAAUUCUAUAAGUAUAUAACUUCCAAACAACCAUUGAAAAUACUGC